AGUUUGGAUUUGAACGCGUUGCUGGGGCCGGACCGGACAGACACGUAUACGUAUGUGGGCAGCCUUGAGCUGCUUUCUUUGCGUGUAACGAACGCGCUUCAGUGGUUUCUGCUCUCUGGAUAUGAUCGCUCAGCCAGCCGUCGUCAGCAAGCAAGCCUGCAGUCAAAGCCCAGGUGUACGGAAAUUGGCCACGCCAAUUGUUACAUAUAUAUUCGUGAGGUUCGUCCGAGCAUCGAUAGCACACGCAAUUCGGAAAGAAUGUGAUUGUCGAUUUCGAUUCAUCCAGAGGGAAUUCCGAUCAAUUGUCGGAAGAUUUAGUCAAUCGACUGGCAGAGUGGAUUGAAUGUGAAAAAAAAAAACAAAGUGAGAGUUAAAGUUGUGCAGACAAAAUAAGUUUGCCACUUGUGCGUGUACGGAAGAAAAAACAAGAAAAAAAUCAGCUAAGAGACGACGAGAGUAAGAGGGACAGUAUACGGUGCGAAUUAGCUGGCAAGACAGAGUGAUACGAUACGACCGAUCGCAGUACACGUAGGAAAAUGACAGUAUUUUUCCUAUCACGGAAGUUUAAUAAUUUUUACAACGUACGAUGGAAAUCCGGAUUCCGAAAAGCUCAGCUCAGUCUAGUCUUUACAAUUUUGAUCGUGAUAGUAGAAUCUCAAAAACCGGAAGACGGUCCGUACCGGGGAAAGUACAUUGGUAAGUUCAACUCCUACCACCAUCAGGCAUCGGGCGAGGUUUAUGCCGUGGACGAGUUCACUUUCCUACUGACCGGGUUCAACUACGACGGCAAUGGGGUGGACACAUUUUUCUGGUCCGGCGCCAGCAACCGUCCGGGACCACAGGGUUUCAUUGUACCGGACGAGUAUGGCAAAACCAACAUUUUGGAGCGUUAUUUCAACAAAGACUUUACGAUUCGCCUGCCGGAUAACAAGAAAAUCACCGAGGUCAAGUGGUUGGCCGUGUACGAUCUAAACUCGCAGAACAACUUUGCCGACGUGUACAUUCCGGAGGAUUUCGAACCGCCAGUGUCGCAAAUGGCGGGCACUCUGUCGCGCAACAGCCACGGCGUGAGCAGUGAAGCUAUCGACAUUCUGGACUCGAAGACGAUUCGCAUAACGGAGUUCAGCUACGAUGGCAAGGGCCAACAGGUGCACUUUUGGGUCGGUGUCGGACCGUCGCCGUCCUCCAAGGGUCAGAAGGUGCCGGAUGAGAUGGGAUAUUUGGAUGCUAUCCGCGCUUACGAUCGGGAAACAAUCACGCUGGAGCUGCCGGGCGAUAUGACGAUCUUCGAUGUUGAUUGGUUCUCGGUGUACGACGUGGAAACGAAGGAAGACUUCGGAUCGAUUUUGAUUUCCGAUGAUUUGAAUGUACCGCCGUCGCUGGUCAAGGUGACGCCGCAUACCGAGUCGCUGCCAAAUUGUCGUCAACUGCACAAGGAUUACCGGGUGUCGUGGGAGGUUUUCGGGCCACAAAUUACGAUUCAGCUGGCGGGAAACGUGAAAGAGGAUGACUAUAUGGCAUUCGGAAUCAGUGGAUCGGACAGUCAGAGUCAGAUGCAGGGCGCGGAUGUAGUCGUGGCCUUCAUUGAAGGUCAUCAGGGCUAUGCGGUGGAUUAUAAUAUAACCUCACUGGCGCCGUGCGUUCAGGUACUGGGACAAAAUAAAGGCGUCUGUCGGGACGAUGUGGUUGGCGGGCAGGAUAGCUAUCAACUGCACACGUUCGGACGCGAGGAUGGGAUUAAUACCAUCACCUUCCGGCGGCUGUUGAUUUCACCCGAUCACGGUGAUAAGGAGUUCGUGCUAGAUCGUCCCUUGUACAUUAUUUGGGCUUUAGGAAGGCUUGAUUCGAACAAUGAACCGACAUAUCAUGAUGUAUAUCCGAAGCGGAACGUCAUGAUUGCGUUCAAUACUUCGGAACCGGUGAACGAUUGUUUUAGUUUCACCCGGAGUGAAGUGAAUCUGAAGGAUGUUUGGGAGAAAGCCCAGAUUUUCGACCGAUCGAUUCGGUCGUUCGCUGCCACACUUGGUCCAGCUGGUGGAAAGCGGGGAUACCAAGGCAUAACCGGGCACGUUUCCAAUGGUUUAGCUUGGUACAUCAACGGACUGAUGGUACCGGAACUUUGGCUUCGACGAGGAUUGACUUACUCCUUCAAGGUUCGCGGAGGAAAUAAUCCCCAUUCGCCGGAAUUCUACCACCCACUGGUCAUAACGGACGAACCUCGGGGCGGAUUCGAUCGCCUCACGGACGUCAAGCAAAGCGAAAUUCGGGUUCUGGCCGGAGUGGAGUUUACCCGUCGAGGCCGUCCAAAACCGACGGCUGCCGGACCGCUCUGUUUGGCGCGUCAUCCGGACGGACAGGAUCGUCGGUUGGAUGACAACUUUGCCACGUUCAAAAAGUUCAACCGAACGCUACGCUGGAGUUGCGAAUCUGGCGAUCCGGCCAUCCUGGAGAUUACGCCCAAUUCGAGCUGGCCGGACGUGGUGUACUACAACAGUUUUACCCACGCCAACAUGGGCUGGAAGAUUCACAUCGUCGAUAGUUACAGCAAUUCGGCGAAAAAUAACGGUGCUUGCUCGGUUGGGCUCGCUCGUGACACAAGACUGCUUUUAGCGGCGGCGGUGGCGACGGCUUUGCUACUGUCGGUGACUACCGGUGGAUGGCUAUCGCGGUUUGUGGGAAUGGUUUGAAGUAAAUGAGCUUUUGUUUUUUUUUGGUUUAGUGGCACUGCAAAUAUAAAUACUAGAC